AUGCUUUCUAAGAAUUUCAUAUUAUCACAUGUAAAUUGGUGUCAAAUCAGUAAAUUAUUUUCUGUGAAUUCAUUUAUUUUAUUACAAUGUCAACGGAAUCAUUCUAUUCAAUCAUAUAAUCAGACUAAUAAUAAUAACAAUGAGGACAGUAGUGAAUUUCUAGAAAAGCUUAAUGCUGCUAAAGACAAUCCUCCUAGUGGAUCAGCUUUAUAUCAAGAUGAUGAUCAUUUUUCUCCAAUUGUUUUUCCUGAUCCUAUAUUCAAUUGGGAAUCUAUCAGAACUAGCGUAAACGCUAGGCGUAUGCAUGAACGAUUCAAUAUUGAUAAAAUUAUAGAUUUAAAAAAGCAAAUGGAUGGUAUUCAUGAACAAAUAAAUGCCUUAAAAGAAGAUAGAAUUUCACUUCAAUAUCAAUAUGAACACAAUAAACAGGAUCCAGAUGAAGUUAAAGCUGCUGCACGUGCAUUACGAAGUGAACAAAAGUCACUAGAGCUGGCUUCGCAGGCUUUAUCAGACGUUAUUAACAUUAUCAAUGACAGUUCUACGUCUACGUAA